AUGCCUAUGUCCGACCUCCUAGUGGACGGAGCCGCAAAGCAUGAGCUCCUGUCUUUCAUGGACGACCACGCUAGUUACAACCAAAUCUUCAUAGCCGAGGAAGAUGUCCAUAAGACGGCAUUCAGAUGUCCAAGCGCAAUCGGGACUUAUGAAUGGGUAGUCAUGCCAUUCGGCCUGAAGAACGCCGGCGCAACGUACCAACGAGCUAUGAACCUUAUUUUCCACAACCUAAUUGGCCGAACCUUUCAGGUCUACAUCGACGACGUUGUUGUAAAAUCCCCAUCCAAAGCUGACCACGUGGGGCAUCUCCGACAGGCUUUCAAUCGCAUGCGGGCACAUGACCUAAAGAUGAACCCUAAGAAAUGUGCUUUCGGCGUCACCGCCGGGAACUUUCUCGGUUUCUUGGUUCACCAACGAGGGAUCGAGGUGGACAAAAAUAAAGCCCCGGCCAUUAUGGCAGCACCUCCGCCAAGGACCAAGAAGGAACUCCAGUCCUUCCUCGGUAAGGUCAACUUUUUAAGACGGUUCAUAUCCAAUUUGGCAGGAAAAAUCCAGCCGUGGACUCCUCUGCUCAAACUGAAAGACAUGGAAUGGUUCGUAUGGGGGGCAGAACAUCAAGCGGCCCUCAACGACAUCAAGAAAUAUUUAUCUCAACCACCGGUCCUUAUGCAGCCGAAAAGAGGGAAACCCUUGAGGCUUUACAUUUCGGCUUCAGUGGGCUCUAUCGGUUGUCUGCUAGCUCAGAACAACGAAUCUGAGCGAGAACAAGCAGUGCACUAUCUGUGCCGCACCCUUAACAUGGUUGAGCUAAACUAUUCACCGAUCGAGAAAUUAUGCUUGGCACUUUAUUUUGCGGCCACCAAGUUGCGCCAUUAUAUGCUUCAUUCGGUUGUUCAAAUCAUCUCCAAGACCGACCUCAUCAAAUACAUGCUCGCUCAGCCGGAUCGGGAAGUGGACGAUGGCAUUGCAUUGGCCAAUUUCUUGGCCCACCACCCGGCUCAGGGGCAAGAAGAAGAGUUGGAGGUCGAGAUCAGCAUGGCCCGCAUGGAGAAGAACUAUUGGACCAUGUACUUCGAUGGCUCCAGUACCGAGACUAGAUCUGGGGCCGGGGUCGUAAUCGAGUCCCCCCAAGGACAAAGGUGGCAAUUUGCGUUCCAACUUGAUUUCAAAUGCACCAAUAAUCAGGCCGAAUAUGAAGCGCUCAUCAUCGGUCUCGAAAUUCUAAAAGAAAUGAAGGCAACCCGAGUCCUGGUCUACGGUGAUUCUCAGCUAGUAAUUAACCACUGA